AAUGUGCAAUACUUGUUAACUUUCAUUGACAUUUAUUAAUGAUUGAUAAAUUGACCUUAUAAAUAAAGUAAAUCAAAAUGCCAAAAAAGAAACGUGGUGUUAGAGAAAAAAAGGGUAAAAAAAAUCCUUGGUUAAACGAAAGAGAAACGUUAUCUUAUGAACAACAAAUUUUGGAUAAUAAUAGACAAUUAACACGACUGCGUAGUACUAAUGAAGAACUUGAACAUGAAGUUAAAACUAUAAAGCAACAAUUCGCAAAACUUGAAGAAGAUCGUUCAGAUAUUGUAGCAUAUUUGAAGCGUAAUUUAGAAGAGAACAUCGAAGAAGCACGUGAAUUAAAUGAACGAAUAUCUGCUUUAGAAGAAUUAAGAAAAAAUGAGUUAGCUUCAUUUAAAAAAAAGGAAGCAGAGAUGGAACUUGAAUAUCGCACUAUGGAAAGUAACUUGAGUGCGGAGGUCAAAUUAACAGCUGGAAAAUUAAAUGCAUUAGAGGAUUGGAGAAUAGCACGACUUGAUUUAAUGCAUAAAUUUGAAGUGCAGGAGCAACAAUUAAAAGAACAAGAAGAAAGACAUAAAAAUGCGCUCCAUGCUGCUGAAAAAGCAUUAAUCGUUGGAAAAGCUAAAAUGCAAAGAGAAAUGGAAGAACGAUUAAAUGAAUUAGCUGAAAAAUUUAGAGAAGCGACUAACAUUCGUAUAGCAGAUACUACUCAUAGAGCAGUAAGAGAAAACAUCGCAUUAAAUCAAGAAUUGGAUAUGAUGUUGGAAAUUAGUCGUGAAUUAUAUUCCAAUACUAUGGAUUAUAAAGAAGCAGUUAAAAUGUUAAAAUUACAAGCCGAUUUGUUUGAAGAAGAAAAAAAUAUCACUUUAAAUAAAACAAUUAAACAACAGAAUUUAAUUACUAAUCUUGCAGAAGAUUCUAAUGACAUGAAUAAUAAAUAUUUGAGAUUAAAACAGUUUAAUGAUAAUCUUAUUAAUCAUAUAGCAGUAUUAGAAGAAUAUAAAAAGAGAUCUAUUAUAGCUGAGAAUAAAGUUCAUAUUCUUGAACAACAUUUACAACAAAUUAUGGAAAAUAAAACUCAAAUAUUAGCAGAAGUUUGUUCCAAACAAUUAGAGUUUGACAAUUUAAAUCAAAUAUUACAAGAGGCUAAAAAAUGUAUAAUGGAGGCAUUACAGUUGCAAGGAAAAUUGUCUAGAGAGGAUGUGUGCAGUUCUUGUCAUAUUGAUCUUAAAGAAAAAGUACUUUCUUCUCUUCUUAAUAUAUUACAAAAGCAAUCCAUUCCUAGUAUAUCAUCACACCAUAUAAGUCAUCAGGAAGAAGAUAUAGCAUGUUACUACGAAAAAGGUAGUUUGGGUUUAUUGAAAAAUGCUAUAGAUAAAGUUAAAGUAGAAAAGGAUAAACCCGGAGAGGACAAAUCUGUAAAAAUCAAAAAAGAUAAAGGAAAGAUAUCUUUAUCUACAGAGGAGAAAAUAUCAUCUUGUUUAUUACAAGACGAUAGUUCUGAUAUAAUUAAUCAAUUAAUUGAUUCAAAAAAAUGAAUAAAUAAAAGCGACGGUAUAUUUCACGUGAUCGGAAAAUGGCAAAAUGCUAUAUAAAUGUUACGAUACUGAUACAAAUUUUGAUAAGAUUAUUAUCUUGUAUAUGAGAUACAGUGGGUAUACAUAUAGUAUUUGUGUACACCCCGUUUUUCUAAAAUAAUUUUUUUCAGAGAAGGAGAGAAUUAACAAAAGAUAUAUUUUUUAGUAGCCUGUUAUAAACUAUAUUAAUAAAAAUUUUAUAAUAUUAGAAACAAGAAAGUAAAAUUAUAAAACGUAGAAAUUUCGUAAUCAAAUAAGUAUUGGUAUAUUAAUGUUUCCGUGAAUAGUGUAUAAAAAUCAACGUUGGUUAGUUCUCCGCUGAAUGUAAAAAACAUGAACAUAAAUAAACCAUGUUCAGAAGAGUUUUACUAUACAUUUUUGGAUCAGUAUAAGAUUACAAUUCAUAAAGUAAUCAUGUCUUUGGAGAAAUCAGAAAUAUUUAUAUUCAUGCAAGAAAAAUUUGUUUUAUUUCGUAGUGAAAGUCAAAUAUAUCUUUAAA